AUGGGGAACAAGCUGAGCAGAGGCAAGUCUGUUGAUAGCAAGUUCACAAAACCUACUGGCCUGUACCCGACGUGUGAUUGGGACGAGAAAACAGUCAAGAAACUCAUUAACAAGAAGAAGGUGGCUCCGCGAUAUCCUGGUAGAGAAGAACCAGGGCCAGAUCUUGAUGAGUGUCCUAUUUGCUUCUUGUGGUAUCCCGGGGGUUUGAAUCGCUCAAAAUGCUGCAAAAAGCCGAUCUGUACAGGUAAGGAAUCGCAUCGUAACAAAAGAUUCAAGAUGUUGACUGGGAGCGUACAGAAUGCUUUCUGCAGUUCAAAAAGCCCAAUGCUCAGAAAGCCAUUCAAUGUCCAUUCUGCAAUUCGUUGA